AUGUUUAAAUCGCUAGAUCCUCAAGACAUUGCGAACGCCAAUGGUAGCAGUAUUACGAAGCCAGAAGCUGCACAAAACAUAGUGGAUGAUGUUAAUGGAGGCAUUUCACCGUCAAGCUGUGUGACUAAUGAUGUUCUCCAACAAAGAGUUACGAGGAAGGAGCAGAGCUUGGAAGAUAUUAAAAACCAAUGUUCCGACUCUGAUGAAGACCCCGAAGCCAUUGUGAAAAAGCAUAUUAGUCAAUUGAAAAAGUACAAUGAGUUGAAAGAUAUUGCACUAGGGCUUGUCACGAUGAUUGCAGACCAGAGGAAGUUAAGAACAACAGAUAUACUAGAAGAAAUGAGGGUAGAAAUUGGUGAUGAUUAA